AUGCGUGUCUUCGUCACAGGUGCCGCUGGCUUCAUUGGACGCGCCACCGUCCAAGAACUCGUCAAAAACGGUCACCAGGUGCUUGGUCUCGCUCGGAAUGAUGCCCACGUCGAAGCCGUCACCAAAGCGGGUGCAGAAGCGCACAAGGGAGAUUUGAGUGAUAUCGAGAGUCUAAAGAGCGGUGCAAAGGCCGCGGACGGUGUCAUUCAUCUCGCCUUCAUCCAUGACUUUAAAGAUUUUCCCGGAGCCUGUGCGACGGACCGAGCAGCCAUUGAAGCCAUGGGGGAAGUGCUGGCCGGCACGAACAAGCCGCUCAUCAUCGCUUCCGGCACGUUGGGUUUGCCCAAGGGAACACUGGCCGUCGAGGACACGGAACCCGAACGGGACAUCCCCAUGUCCGACCGCGUAAAGUCGGCGGAUUUGGUCUACGCGCUAUCCAAGGAAAAGCAUGUGCGCGGCGCCGUGGUCCGAUUCACACCGACGGUCCACGGCGCAGGAGACCCAGGCAUGCUCCCGCGAUUGAUCGACAUGUACCGCCAAAAGGGCUCGGUUGUUUACGUUGGUGAUGGAUCGGCUCGAUGGCCCGCCGUCCAUCGAGAUGAUGCUGCGGUUCUGCUUCGUCUUGUGCUGGAGAAAGGCACCGCGGGCGCCACCUACCAUGCCGUUGCUGAACAGGGCGUACCGAUGAAAGACAUUUUGACCGUGGUCAGCGAGCAUCUGCAGCUGCCGUUGAAAGGUCAGUCGGUGCAGGAAGCCAUGGGGGCUGUUGGCUUCUUCGCCCAUUUGCUCGGCAUGGACAAUCCCACCUCGAGUGAGAAGACUCAGAAGGAGCUGGGAUGGCACCCUACUCAACCGGGUUUGGUUGCGGACUUGGAAGCGAACUACUUCUCUUGA